CGGCUGCGGCGGCGGCGGUGGCGGUGGCGGCGGCGGCGGUGGCGGUGGCGGGAGUCUCGGGGCCAGGAGCUGCCCAGGCUUCCCCAGCCCGCCCCCCGCCUCUGUGACCGUCCGGACGCCGCUCGAGCCUCCGCAGCUCCCGCCACCCCAAGCAGCCGGUCACCUGGAGACAAAGCAGGAGCCUCGCUCUCUCCACACCCGCAGGGCCGAUCUCAGUCCCUAGUCCUUGCUGCGGGCCGCCGACCCCGCCCAGGCCGGCUGGGCUGAAGACCCCAAAGGCCGCCCCCUCCCUAGCUGCAGCACCGACCCUCCUCCAACUUCCUCCCUUUUUCUCCCCGUGCGCCGCGGACACGCUCCAAAUCUAAGCGAUCACCACGGCCACUGGCACGCAUAUCUGCGCGCACCCGUGGCCACUGCAGACAGCGAACGUAUUCACACCCCCAUUCCCAGCGUCCCGCGGGUCUUCCACUACCAGCACCAGCACCGAGUAACAGGCCUUCGAGGGCACCGCACCGCCAGCCAGCACUGCAAGUGAGUCGCGGUGCCCGGGUCUCUACGACAGUCCGGCCCCCGGAUACAGCAGGUUCUGCUGCUCGAGGCUCGUCCACUGCGUGGCCGCGGCAGUCGGAGGAAGCCCUCGGUCUCCCGCUGUCUAUGGAUGGUGCGGCUGGUAUCGUCUGCAGCGCACUCGCAGACCGGGCAGGGCUCCCAGACACGUCCGAGAGAACGAACGCAGUAGCUGCCCUGAAACCUCGGCCUGAAUGGGCACAAGGAAAAGCCGAGUCCCGUCAGUUAAAUAACCACCUCAGUUCCGCAAAUCCUCCGCAACGGGCCCAAGCACCCGAGAAAAGUCAAGGCUCCAGACCAGCUCAUACCGCGCAGCCGCUAUUCGGGGGUCUCCGGGAGCCGGCCGCGAGGCUCUGGCCGGCUGCCGCAGCCCAGUGUCGUGGAGCGGGGCCCCAGCUCCCGGGACAGAGCGGAGAGCACGCGCUGCCUUCCCAGCCGGCCCUGAGAAGCUUCACCACUCCCUCGCGCGGAAUCCCGGCCCGAGCCGUACUUCGGCCAAGUGCCCGUAGCCUUUCCACGGAUGACCCCUCACCAAACUGGACCUGCAGGGGAAGGGAACCCGACUCGCCUGAUCGCCGCCUCCCGCCCAGCGACAAGUGGGACGGGUACGUGCAUCUAUGCCUGCACGUGCUCGGGAAGGGAGCAGGAGGUGGAGCCGAUCUGACUCCGGUGUUUGUGUUCCGUCGGCACCCGGCCCGCUCCCGGGGAUUCGGAGUGGUGGCGGCGGCGAGGCGAGACGGAGCGCUCUUACAAGAACAGAACCUGGAGGCUGCGCGGAGCGAAGUGAAACCUGCACAGCCCUGUGGCUCGGCUCUGGCUGGUGGCCCCGCGCCCGCACCCAAUCACUGUGAGCUCCGCCCCCGCUGGGUCCCGCCCCGGCGCGCGGGCUGGCAAGCCCCGCCCCCGCCGCGCAGCAGCCGCUGGCGCUUUCAGGCUCCGACAGGUAAAGGCGGGGGUGGCCCCGCCGGGUUCCCCUGCGCGCGCUGCCAGCCCUGCCCCGGCUGGGCGUGUUUACUGGAGCGACUAGGGCUGCCGGUGGCUGGUGUGCACCCAUCCCCCUCCCUCCAAAGUGUACCCUUGCCUUUCCCCCAUCCAGCAGAGGCCAAGACGUGCGCUUGGAACAGAGGGGGCGCUCCGGGCACGCAGAAGCGGGCUGGGCCGCUGCCGCCAGCCGAAGGCCUCAGGAGGCGCCCCCGAGCCCUUGAUGGGCUGCAGGAAUUUCUCUCUCAGCCUCUUUGGGGCAGACGCAGGGACUGGGUUGACCCGAGAACACGCAGUUCCAAGGUUGAGCAGAGGGUCUCAAAGCUCUCCUCACUCAGAGUCUGGGGUGCUGGGAGAGACCCCGAUCUGCAGGGCUGCUCACCUUCCUCGCUCUCGCCUCACGUGAUUGUCUUAGGUUCCCUCCUCUUGCCAUCUGGCAGGGACACCUAGCUCGUCUCCCGCGCGGAACCUCCGAUAAGAGGCAGAGACCUUGGGGGGGGCGAGUGGAGAAAGAGGCCAGGAGCUGAUCCCCGGAGGCGUCUGUUCCGUAGCCCCGAAGCGAGAAGGGGCUGAGCGCAGAGCAGGUGGGAGAGAGGAUGGUAACUCUGCUCGGGAGUUAGGAUCCUAGAGACUGGUGGGGCUCUCAGAGAGACGCCAGGGAGGCGCGGUGAGGCCAAGGAAGGCGGCGCGCAUGGAGACAGCCAGGAGACAGCCGUGGCCGGGGAGUAGGGGCAAGGUCGGUCGGGAGAUGGAACAUCCUGCCACGGGGGAGACCCGGUUAGACGGAAUAAAGAAACUCAAUUUAAGGAUCACCUAACCUCCCCACCCCGCCCCCGCACCCCCAGAACGAAGAAGGAAGGGUCCUCAGUUGCAGAGGAGCAAGUCAGCGAGGCGUUUGUCCCGCUGCUGGCCACCUCGGUCAGUUUUACGCUGCAUAAGCAGACAUGGAACGUCAGCGAGACAGCACAGCCCCUGGUUAAAGUCUUCUCAGCACAUCCUCCCGCGAAUCCUGAGCGAAGUGUGGGAGGCCAGGGGUUCCCGGAUGGACUCAAGUACCCAUGGCCGGUUCUGCCUCGGGAUUUCGUCGCAAGAGGGAGAGAACGAGGGCGUGCACGCGGCGAAGUGGACGCAGAGGCCAGAUGUCUACCCGGACGUGGCUUGGAGCUGCUGCCCUCGACCUCAGGUGGCGGCCACGGGUGAUCUCUGAGCCUUAGCCGCCCGGUGUAGUAGCACCCCGGGGAAAAUAACAGAACUCCUGUGCCCGCUGGGAGCCCCAAACCCGACCUAGUGCUCCGAGUUCUCCGUGGGGUUGGGCGACGCAGACGGGGACAGGAAAAGAACCACGCAGAAGCCGUAGUGGUUGUCAUCUGCUUCUGUGCAGCUCCGCCGCCCCCGCAUCGUCUGCUUUAGCGACCCUGUGAACACUUUAAAACAACAACAACAAAAAGUAAAACACACACACACACACACACACACACACACACACACACACACACCAAAAAAUCAAAGGCAUCAGGGAAAGCAAAUGGUUAAGCGCACUUAUUUGGGACACGAAGAGGUCGUCUCGGAGUCUGCUGUUCAUGCAGCCCAGACUGUGCUGGGGAGCUUUGGCAGAACACCCCGCGCUCUUCCCACCCUCUCCCACAGGGGCCGGAGGUCCUCUGGAAAGGGACGGUGUGGGAAGAGCAGGUGGGCUCUCUGUUCCGGUCCGGUCCUGGAUGUCGCCCUCGCAGACACAAGCAGAGCUAUGCCCACUCCUGCCUCCGCCAGGAGAGGAGGAGAGGGAGUAAGGAGGAUGGCUUGGACUGAGAGAAAGGAGCAAGAACGAAGUGGGGCAAUGAUCUGAAAAAUGAGAUAGGAAAUCUACAGCCCUUGCCCAGACCACAGGCGUUGCCGGUGUGGUGUCUCCGAGUUCCGAAAUCGACUUAACUGAAAUGUACGGCCCUAGCCCGCCUCCCCAUCCUCCGAAGUAGCCGGAGCGCCUUCCCAUCGCUUAAUGUCUUUAUUAAACUUUGUAUCUAUGCUCCUCUAAAGAACAGAUUACAAUUUCAUAUGGUAAAAAUA